AUGCACCGCUGCCUAGAGACCCCCGAAAUUGCGCUACAGGUCGUGCAACAACUCGCCAACUCGCCAGAAGAUAUAAGCGUGCCGUCCCUUGCACGUCUGGCACGCACAUGUCGGCGCUUCUCCGACUUUGCCCUCGAGGAGCUGUGGCGUGGAGACAAGUUUGUCCACAGACCGCUGUUACAUCUUCUAUGGUGCUUUCCGCCAGACUUGGUGGAGAUCAUAGAAAGAAAUGACGGAACACGGGGAGGAGUGAAUCAGCUGCGCCCAUUUGUCCUCCAAGACUUAGACCGUCCCGAGCGGUACUUCCGGCUGGUCAAGACAUUGUUUUAUCAUCCUGGCGACACAACACUCGACACGCGUAUUUUGACCUUGUUUUCGACAUGGAUACCCUGGGACUGUAUAUUCCCUUCCCUGCAAACGCUCACGUGGAGUGCGGAGUAUGCACAUGCAGAUGGUGACUCCCCCGAGAUCGCCAACCUUCUCCGUUUCCUGUUAGCACCCCAACUCCACACUUUACACCUCGGUGGCAUAGGCGAUAUGUCACUCUCCCUCCUCACUACUGUCGCAUCCCGGAAGCUCCCAAUUCGCGAGUUGAGUAUUUCUGCGCCGACUGCAACAUCUCCCGCAGUGUCAAUUAGCGCCUUCUUGCGCUCUCUCCGCCGUCUGGAAGCUCUCGAAAUCGAGCCGCCCGUGGAUCAACAAGCGUUUUGCCACCUCACUUCGCUUCCAACCCUUGAGUCGCUCAUAAUGCAUGGCACUUUCGAUAUUUGUCCGUGCCACAGUUCCCAACACGAGUCUUUUCCCGCAUUGAAUGACUCCAGCUGGUAUAACGCCGACUUAAAUGACAUUAUCCGUUUCCUGCCGAAGAUUCACGCCUCUCCUCUGAGCAGCUUCUGCCUCGAUCCCGACCUGUCGACGACCACCACACUCGUGUCGGCGGUCAUCUCAGGGCUUGCAGGGCUGCCAGGGCCGGUCCAGGCGCUGCGCAAAUUUACAAUUAUCAAUCUGUUGUGGGAGAGAGAAGGGCGAUGGGAAGGCGACCAGUGGCGAGUCAGUGCAUCGGCGCUGGAACACCUCGCGCGCUUUAACGGCCUGACCCAUGUUGCGCUGGAGGCUCCUGGCGGAUUCGAUUUGGACGAUGACGGGCUCGCCGGGCUCCUUGGGCAGCUCCCGCAGCUCGAGCGGCUGUGCUUAAACCAUCCAAAGACUGCCGCACAGCUAACCAUUGGCGCGCUGGUAAUCGCGGCGCGACACACGACGUUGCAGCGCCUGGUACUGGCUAUGGACGGCGGCACCGGGCCGUUGCCGGCGGUGGGCAUUUCAUCCGCCAGUAUGCUGACGGAACUGUAUGUCGGGCACACACAUGUCGGGGACCCGACGCUGAUGGCCGGAUUCCUCCGCUCGCUGUUCCCGGAGUUGCAACAUAUUGGCUAUGCGUGGUUCGGCGAAGUUGACGAGCUUGAUGGCGAGGACACGGAUGCCCAGCUUGCUGCUCAACAGCUGUUCAAGCUCCGCUGGGAAGCGGUUGCAGAUAUUGUGGAGCAGAUUGGAGACAAGAGCGAGGCGAAAGAGGAUUGUUAA